CGUCCGCUCCCGCCCGCGCUGCGGCCCCAGCCAUGGCCCUCGCCGUCCGAGUCGUCUACUGUGGCGCUUGAGGCUACAAGUCCAAGUACCUUCAGCUCAAGAAGAAGUUAGAGGAUGAGUUCCCCGGAUGCCUGGACAUCUGUGGCGAGGGGACUCCCCAGGCCACCGGCUUCUUUGAAGUGACGGUAGCGGGGAAGUUGGUUCACUCCAAGAAGAGAGGUGAUGGCUACGUGGACACGGAGAGCAAGUUUCUGAGGCUGGUGGCCGCCAUCAAAACCGCUUUGGCUCAGGGCUAAUGUGCCCUGAAGGCAGAGCCCAGUGACCUUGGCCCAGCCCCUCGUGGCAGACGCUUCAUGAUGGGAAGAACUGAAAUGUCUCGUGGACGCCUGGUCUUUCCCUGAUGUCCCUGCGACUGCCACGUAGGGGCAGAGACUGAUGCCCCUGGUCUUUGCCUCUGUGUGUGUGUGUGUUUGUGUGUGUGCGCGCAUGCACGCCUCCGGGAGUGUAGCUCUGCACCCCACCUGCCUUGCUCCUUCCCCUCCCCGCCUUUCCCCACCUCCCCGCAUCCCCCAGCCCCCUGGUACUCCCUGGCAUUAGGCUUUCGGGGUGGUCCUGCUCCUGGCUUCCUUCUCGGGUGGCCAGGAGAGGGAUCUGAGUGAGUGAGUCGUGAGUGAGUUGUAGGAUCCAGCAGUAUUGGCAACGGUUCACAGUUCAAUAAACAUUGGAUGAGUUUAACAGAACGUG